CAACGCGGCCCACCAAGUCAUGGAACCCACCGCAGUGGGUGCGAUUCUGGUGCUGCCGUUAGUUCGCUCCGGCGCCUUACCCCCGUGAGGUCCACAGGCGCACGGCCGGGCGCCGUGGCCGCCUGCCUGGGCCGCUCUGCCCGCCUCCGCGCUCGGCGGGGCGCGCGCCGCGUCCCCGUAGCUUGUCCCCGCGCGUGCGCGCUCCGCCGAGCGUAUGUGUGUGAGUGUGUGUGCGGCCGAGGGGAGGGCCGCCACCGCCGCCGACGAUGCCGCGGGGCCGCCCCCCGAAGCCCAAGGAGAGCCAGGCGCGCGGCGACACCGAUGGAGUUUUAACAUUGAAUGCGGAGAACGCUAAUUAUGCCUGUCAAGCUCCCAACUCCCAUAAAUGUGAAAUCUGUCUGCUAUCUUUCCCAAAAGAGUCCCAGUUUCAGCGCCACAUGCGGGAUCACGAGCGGAACGACAAGCCACAUCGAUGCGACCAGUGCCCCCAAACCUUUAAUGUUGAAUUCAACCUGACCCUGCACAAAUGUACCCACAAUGGGGAGGACCCCACCUGUCCUGUGUGUCACAAGAAAUUCUCCAGAGUGGCCAGUCUCAAAGCACACAUUACGCUGCAUGAGAAGGAGGAGAACCUCAUUUGCCCCGAGUGCGGGGACGAGUUCGCCCUGCAGAGCCAGCUGGCCGCCCACCUGCAGGAGCACCGGCAGGAGCUGGCAGGGGGCCGCGUCCACACCUGCAAGGCCUGCGGGAAGGAGUGCGCCGCAGCGCCGCAGCUGAGGGAGCACCUGAAGAGCCACCACAGAAUUAGGAUGUCCGGCACCAGGUCCUACAACCGGAACGUCGACAGGAGCGGAUUCACCUACUCGUGUCCGCACUGCGGGAAGACGUUUCAGAAGCCAAGUCAGCUGACGCGGCACGUCAGGAUACACACAGGGGAAAGGCCCUUCAAGUGCAGUGAGUGCGGGAAGGCCUUUAACCAGAAGGGGGCGCUGCAGACACACAUGAUCAAGCACACAGGUGAAAAGCCCCAUGCCUGUGCCUUCUGUCCUGCUGCCUUUUCUCAGAAGGGGAACCUGCAGUCCCACGUGCAGCGAGUGCACUCGGAGGUCAAGAACGGCCCUACCUACAACUGCACAGAGUGCAGCUGCGUGUUCAGAAGUCUCGGGAGCCUGAACACGCACGUCAGCAAGAUGCACGUGGGCGGCCCCGCGGAGACGGCACACGUCCUCACGUUCCUUUCACCCUUUCGUGCUGAUGGGCCCACAGCGUCUGAGGCCACGCUGUUUCAGACUCUGCCUCUCCAGCAGACAGAAGCCCAAGCUGUGUCGGGCCCAAGCCAGCCGGACUCACAGGCGGUGACUGACGUCAUCCAGCAGCUGCUGGAGCUCUCGGACCCCGGGCCGGCCGAGCCCAGCCAGGCCCCACAGCCUGGCCAGCAGCUGAGCAUCACCGUGGGGAUCAGCCAGGACAUCCUGCAGCAAGCCUUAGAAAACAGUGGGCUGUCUUCAAUUCCAGCUGCAGCACACCCCAGCGACACCACCCACGCCAAGACUGCCGUGCCGGGCCAGGACCCGGACCUUCCCGACGCGCCCAGUGAGCCCGCUGACCCUGCGGACGCAGAGCCGGAGAAAGAGCAGGAGUGCCCAGAGAAGCUGGGCAGGAGGGAGAAGAAGCUAAUAAAGAAGAAGUCGCCGUUUCUACCUGGCUCCAUCCGCGAGGAGAACGGGGUCCGCUGGCACGUGUGUCCCUACUGCACUAAGGAGUUCCGGAAGCCCAGCGACCUAGUACGGCACAUCCGCAUCCACACGCACGAGAAGCCCUUCAAGUGCCCGCAGUGCUUCCGCGCCUUCGCGGUGAAGAGCACGCUGACUGCGCACAUCAAGACACACACGGGCAUCAAGGCCUUCCAGUGCCAGUACUGCCUGAAGAGCUUCUCCACCUCCGGGAGUCUCAAAGUGCACAUCCGCCUGCACACAGGAGUCAGGCCCUUUGCUUGUCCUCACUGUGACAAAAAAUUCCGGACCUCGGGCCACAGGAAAACUCAUGUAGCUUCCCACUUUAAGCACUCUGAACUGAGGAAAAUGAGGCACCAGCGGAAGCCGGCCAAGGUCCGAGUCGGCAAGGCCAGUGCCCCCGUCCCCGACAUUCCCUUGCAGGAGCCCAUCCUCAUAACGGACGCAGGUCUCAUCCAGCCCAUUCCAAGAAACCAGUUUUUCCAAAGCUAUUUCAAUAAUAAUUUUGUAAGUGAAGCAGAUCGACCGUACAAGUGUUUCUACUGCCAUCGAGCGUAUAAAAAGUCCUGCCACCUCAAGCAGCACAUCAGGUCGCACACUGGCGAGAAGCCCUUCAAGUGCUCUCAGUGCGGGCGAGGCUUCGUCUCUGCGGGGGUGCUCAAGGCCCACGGCAGGACGCACACCGGGCUGAAGUCCUUCAAGUGCCUCGUGUGCAACGGGGCCUUCACCACGGGGGGCAGCCUGCGGCGGCACAUGGGCAUCCACAACGACCUGCGGCCCUACAUGUGUCCCUACUGCCAGAAGACCUUCAAGACCUCCCUGAACUGCAAGAAGCACAUGAAGACCCACCGCUAUGAGCUCGCGCAGCAGCUGCAGCAGCACCAGCAGGCCUCCUCGCUGGACGGCAGCGCCGUGGACCCGCAGGGCGCGCACGUGUCCACGCAGAUGCAGGUCGAGGUGGGGAGCGCCGAGCUGCAGCCGUCGGCAGACGCCGUGGUCGCCGCAAACCCUGAGGCCAUGCUCGACCUGGAGCCGCAGCACGUGGUGGGCGCGGAGGAUGCGGGGCUGGGCCAGCCCUUGGCAGAGCCGCCUCUGGAGGCUGACGAAGACAGGUUUGGGGCCCCACAGCACGUGCUGCAGGGGCACAUGGACCAGUUCUCGGAGGAGCAGGCCCCCGCGCAGCAGCCCUUCGAGCCGGCCAGCCUGUCGCAGGGCUUCACGGUGACGGAUAGCUACAGCCAGCCGACCCCGUUCCCGCCGGUGCAGCAGCUGCAGGACUCCAGCGCGCUGGAGGCGCAGGCCCUGUCCGCCAGCUUCCACGAGCAGGGCCUGCUGCCGGGCCCCAGCUCCGAGCCAGUUGCCGGGACAACGCCGUUGAUGCCAGAGCCGCCCCAGGAGGAGCUGGACCCGCCGGCGCCCCGCCGCCCAUUCCUGGAGGACAGCGGGGACCAGGGCCGGCGCUCCUACAGGUGUGACUACUGCCACAAGGGCUUCAAGAAGUCCAGCCACCUGAAGCAGCACCUGCGCUCCCACACUGGGGAGAAGCCCUACAAGUGCAAGCUCUGCGGGCGCGGCUUUGUCUCCUCUGGUGUGCUCAAGUCCCACGAGAAGACGCACACAGGCGUGAAGGCCUUCAGCUGCAGCGUGUGCCGCGCCGCGUUCACCACCAACGGCAGCCUCACCCGGCACAUGGCGACCCACACGAGCUCGAAGCCGCACAAGUGCCCGCUCUGCGGGCAGGGCUUCCGCACGGCCGUGCACUGCAGGCAGCACGCGAGGAGGCAUCCGGCGGGCCCCUGCGCCCCCUCGGCACCCGGAGAGGCCAGCACAGGGGCAGAUGUGUGCGUGGAGGAAGAGGAGGAAAACUCUGAAAGAGGCGCGUGGAGGAAGGUGCGUCCCGAGGUCAUCACCUUCACGGAGGAGGAGACGGCGCAGCUGGCCAAGACCCAGCCUCAGGAGAGCGCCACUGUCUCGGAGCAGGUGCUGGUGCAGUCGGCUGCCGAGAAGGACCGCGUCAGCGAGCUGAAGGACCGGCAGGCCGAGCUAGAGGCCGAGCCCAGGUUCGCCAACCGCUGCUCCUACUGCCCCAAGAGCUUCAAGAAGCCCAGCGACCUGGUCAGGCACGUGCGGAUCCACACCGGGGAGAAGCCGUACAAGUGCGACGAGUGCGGGAAGAGCUUCACCGUGAAGUCCACUCUGGAUUGCCACGUGAAGACGCACACAGGUCAGAAGCUCUUCAGCUGCCACGUGUGCAGCAACGCCUUCUCCACCAAGGGCAGCCUGAAGGUGCACAUGCGCCUGCACACGGGGGCCAAGCCCUUCAAGUGUCCGCACUGCGAGCUGCGUUUCCGCACGUCCGGCCGCAGGAAGACGCACAUGCAGGGCCACUACAGGCCCGACCCCCGGAGGGCCCGGAAGCCAGGGGCCCGCAGCGCGUCCGAGGGGCUGCCGCCUGCCGGCCUGCCGAGCCCAGCCCCUGCUGACCCCAGUGUGCUGAUCAUGAACAGCUCGGUGCUGACCGGCCAGUUCGAGCCCAGCCUGCUGCAGCCGGGGCUGGUGAGCCAGGCCGUCCUCCCCGGCUCCGUGUCAGCUGGCAGCGACUGGACGGUGUCCCUGACCGACGGGAGUCUGGCCGCCCUGGAGGGCAUCCAGCUGCAGCUGGCGGCCAACGUGGUCGGGCCCAACGUGCAGAUUUCUGGGAUCGACACCUCCGGUAUCAACAACAUCACACUGCAGAUCGACCCCAGCGUCCUGCAGCAGACCUUGCAGCACACCAGCCUGCUCGCCCAGCCGCUGGCGGGGGAGUCGGGCGCCGCCCCACACAGCAGUUCCCUGCAGGCCGCGGACGGCACGGGGCCGGCCAGCGUGGUCAUCCAGCCCAUCGCAGGCCUGUCCUUGCAGCCCACCGUGACCUCUGCCAACCUCACCAUCAGCCCGAUGCCAGAGGACUCUGUGCUGACUACCAGCAGUGGCGGGACUCAUGAGCUCGCCCAAGUGAUGUCGUCCCAGGGUUUGGUGUCCACUGCCAGCGUCCCCCAUGAGAUCACGCUGACCAUCAACAACUCGAGCCUCAGCCAGGUCUUGGCCCAGGCCGCCGGGCCCGCCGCAUCGGCCUCGGGGUCCCCGCAGGAGAUCACCCUCACGAUCUCUGGUCAGGACCUCAUCCAGCACAGUCCCGGCGGGGGCGGCGAGCUGAACGGGACCAUCAGGCUGUCCGCGCCCACCGUGGGGAGUCAGCCUGCAGGCGCCACCCUGACCAUCAGCAACGACCAGCUCCUGGCCCAGACGGCGACGCUGGCCUCUCCAGAGCUCAGCGCUGCAGCCGGCGGCCUCCCCUGCACGGCCCCGGCGUCCCCGCCGGCCAUCUCCGCUCAGAACCUGGUCAUGUCUUCUUCGGGAGUGGGGGGCGAGGCCAGCGUCACUCUGACCCUGGCCGACACGCAGGGCUUGCUCUCGGGAGGACUGGACACGGUCACACUCAACAUCGCUUCCCAGGCCCAGCAGUUCCCAGCCUUGCUCGCCGACCCCUCGCUCUCAGGCCCCGGAGGAGCAGCCUCGCCGCAGGUCAUCCUCGUGAGCCACACCUCCCAGCCCGCAUCUGCCGCCUGUGAGGAGAUCUUCCAGGUGACCGAUGUCUCCGCCCACCUGGCCCCGCCCGAGAAGGAGGGCCGGCUGCACCCGUGCACAGAGUGUGGCCGCAGCUUCGCCUCGGCAGCCCUGCUGCUGCAGCACAGCAAGGACGCCCACGGCCGCGAGCGCAUCCACGUGUGCCCAGCCUGCAGCAAGGCCUUCAAGCGGGCCACCCACCUCAAGGAGCACAUGCAGACCCACCAGGCCGGCCCGUCCCUGAGCUCGCAGAAGCCCCGGGUGUUCAAAUGCGACACCUGUGAGAAGGCCUUCGCCAAGCCGAGCCAGCUGGAGCGGCACAGCCGCAUCCACACAGGGGAGCGGCCCUUCCGCUGCACGCUGUGUGAGAAGGCCUUCAACCAGAAGAGCGCGCUGCAGGUGCACGAGAAGAAGCACACGGGUGAGCGGCCCUACCGGUGCCCCUGCUGCGCCAUGGGCUUCACCCAGAAGAGCAACAUGAAGCUGCACGUGAAGCGGGCACACAGCUACCCCGGAGCCUUUCAGGAACCCGCCGGUGCCCGGGAGCAGGGUGCAGAGGAGCUGGGCCAGACGCUGCAGCUGGAGGAGGUGGUGCCGGAGAGCGCGGGCGAGUGGCAGGCGCUGGCCGGUGUCUUCUGACGGCACCUCCCUCCGCGUCCCCGCAGCAGGCCCCCACGUGCCGCAGGACGGAGCCCUGGGAGCUUCUCUUUUGGAGCCUCAGGUGUCAAAUGAGUCGUCACAGGAGCCUUCAGCUCCACAGUUACCCGAAGAAUCAUUGUCUUCAGAGACGGAGGGAAAGUGGGGGACAGUCUCACUCGCCCGCAAAUCACUGAACUCAGGUACCGCAGUGGGCGGCCCCACGCUCACUCUGCGGCUGGUGCGUCUUGCCCCCUCAAGCCGACCGGGCCUGCCGGCGUUGUGCUGUGAUUUCUUUGUGUUAGCAAAGGCCGUGGCCCUGACCGCGGGAGAGGUCCGACUGCCUCGUGCUUUCUGUUCUAAGAAGCGUUGCUCACGGAGCAAACGUCAGGUCGGCGCACAGGGCUCGGGACACGUCAGGGCCGGGGGGGCCCCCGUGUUUCGUUCUGUGCGUUGUGGAGUGAGUGGAAAUGGACUCGUUUUAGCCUGUGGUGAGUUAAUGGAAAUGAUACCUUGAGAGAUGGCUGGACCCAUUCUCUCUCCGCCACGACACCUAAUCAGUAGUCACCAGAAGGCAGCCUCCGGCGUCGGCACGGAGAGCAGCAGGGACACCACGGUCCACACUGCGUGGCCGACCUCAGGUCCGCGGGCCCGACGUGGCAGAAAGCACAAGCCAUAGGUCGCAGAUGGGAAGUGACGGAGACGCCUGGCCCUGGGCGCCACGGCAGGGGAGUGUCCGCCGUGGACGGACACGGCCCGGACACGUGCGGCUCCUGGUGCACCAGCAGGUGUGUGUCUAUUUCAGGGAACCCUCGAGUCUCAUCCACGGUGCCACGUCCAACACGCCCCCACCAGACCCACCGCGCAGGCAGGGGUGCGGCCCUCCUCCAGCACUCCGAAGACGGAGUCCUCGGUGCACGCCCCUGCGCAGUUAUUUAUAUGUUCUACAUAUACGUGCGUGCAUGCACGCGGAUAUAGGCCUCUGUGUGGCCGAACGGUAUAUUUUGUAAAUAGGACCACUCGCCCACCCCUCCCCGUCCCAGAGGGAGCGUGUCGGACGGGCACUGCCUGCGCCUCGGUGGCGGGCAGGGCCUCCCCACGCUGGCCAGGGCCCUCCGUUCUCCCCGGGACAGUUGCCUUUACUUUCUCUCUGCCUCCCUGCUUUCCAAAGAGAGCGGUUUUACUACGAGCGUCGUAUGGACUUUGUAUGUGAAGAGGGGGCCUCAUCUCAGGUCCCUGAGGAAAGAGACUCUUCACUCAUUUUUUUGAAAGGCGUCUUCGGAUUUGUUUGUUCUCGUUCACUUUUGGAUAUGUAAAUAAGUAACAUCGAUGGUGAUAUAAAAGUUUUGUUAUGUGAAAAUAUUUAAGUCAGAAAACUGUUAAAUAAUAUUACUUCUUUUUUCAAACUGCUUUGUGUACUGUAUAUUUUUUUAAGGGAAAAAAGCCUUAUUUGACUUAUUCUUGUGAUACUGGACUCACUGUAUCCCCGGGGGCUUUCCUCGAACGUCGGUGUGCAGCUGGCUCCGGUCAGUGUGUUCCGGAUCAUUGUAAUGUUGCCAGAGUUUUGAAGUUCUGCUUUUAAUGCACUUUCUUAUAUAAUUUUGUAUUAAAAUAUUUUAGAAAUGUUGAUUAAUUUUGGUGAACAAAUAUCCCCAAAGUUGCACCUAUUGGAAUUUUAAAAAGAUUUUGU